AGGGCGCGCGCGAGCGCUGCUGCUGCUGCUGCUGCUGCUGAAGUGUCCGAACUCAGUGCAGCGAGGCUGGUGGGCGGACCGACAGACGGAAGUACACUGAGACGCUGCGACCCCCAUCCCUGCACCAACGCCGCGGUAACCCGCCUUGCCCCGCCGGUCCAGCCACCCCUCGCUCGGGUGCCCGCGGUGUCCAGCCCCAGACCUCCAGCUGCUCGGCGCCCCGGGCUCGCCAUGCGCUCCGCCGCUGUCCUGGCGCUUCUACUCUGCGCCGAGCAAGUCAUUGCCCUCCCUGUGAAUAGCCCUAUGAAUAAAGGGGACACAGAGGUGAUGAAGUGCAUCGUUGAGGUCAUCUCCGACACGCUCUCCAAGCCCAGUUCCAUGCCUGUGAGCCAGGAGUGUUUCGAGACACUCCGAGGAGAUGAACGGAUCCUCUCAAUCCUGCGACAUCAGAAUUUGCUGAAAGAGCUCCAAGACCUUGCUCUCCAAGGUGCCAAGGAGAGGGCCCAUGAGCAAAAGAAACACAGCAGCUUUGAAGAUGAACUCUCGGAGGUUCUCGAGAAGCACAACAGCCAGGCCGAGCUAAAGGAGGGGACAGGAGAGGUGCCCUCCAAGGACACUGCAGAGAAAAGAGGGGACUCUAACGAGGCGGAGGACAAUGGCGAAGAUACGGAUGGAGCCAGGCCCCAGGCCUCCGCAGAGCCCGGGCAGGGGUCCGAGGUGGAGGAGGACAACCCGGCCCCAGGGGAAGAGGAGGAGGCUGCCAACACCCACCCUCCAGCCAGCCUCCCCAGCCAGAAACACCCAGGCCCACAGGCCGAGGGGGACAGCGAGGGCCCCUCCCAGGGUCUGGGGGACAAAGAGAAGAGCCUGGGUGCAGAGCAACGACAGCAGGCAGAGAGAGAGGAGGAGGAGGAGGAGGACACAGAGGCUGGAGAGAAGGCUGCCCCCGAGGAAGAAGGCCCCACCGCAGUCCUUAACCCCCACCCGAGCCUCGGCUACAAGGAGGCCCAGAGCAGUGAGAGUUGGUCCGAGGCUACGGCUGCAGAUGGAGCCGGGAAGACCGGGGCUGAGGAAGCUCAGCCCCCCAAGGGGCAGGAGGAGGAGGAGACGGCAGGGGCCCCCCCAGGCCUCUUCCGGGGCGGGAAGAGCGGGCAGCUGGAGCAGGCGGAGGAGGAGCGGCUCUCCGAGGAGUGGGAGCACGCCAAGCGAUGGAGCAAGAUGGACCAGCUGGCCACGGAGCUGACGGCCGAGAAGCGGCUGGAGCGGGAGGACGAGGACGACGACCCUGACCGCUCCAUGAAGCUCUCCUUCCGGGCCCAGGGCUACGGCUUCCGGGGCCCCGGGAUGCAGCUGCGGCGAGGCUGGCGGCCGUCCUCCCGGGAGGACAGUGUUGAGGCGGGCCUGCCCCUCCAGGUGCGUGGCUUCCCCGAGGAGAGGAAAGAGGAGGAAGGCAGCGCCAACCGCAGGCCGGAGGACCAGGAACUGGAGAGCCUGUCGGCCAUAGAGGCAGAGCUGGAGAAGGUAGCCCACCAGCUGCAGGCCCUGCGGCGGGGCUGAGGCGCCAGCUGGCCCUGCCAGCCGGGACCCCGAGGAACCCUGUGGUCCUGGCCAGCCGGCCUGGGCGCUGCUUCCGGUAGGGAGGUUGCCCCAGCCCGCCCAAGCCCAGGCCACCCCGUUGCCUCCUGCUCCUUUUCCUCCUGCUCUUGACCCCAGUGUGCCCCUGCGCAGGGCAGACCCCCACAACUUUAAAUUAUCCUCUCACUGAACACAGGAAGCUUCUAGAAAGCUUCCCUUCCACCAUCAGAACCAUUGGGCACAACUGUAAUAAGCUCUGGCCUUUUGGUGAAAGCCGAGAACUCCUGACUGUAAUAUAUUCUGUACAAAAUUUAUCAAAGGAAAAAUAAACCUGCUCUGAGCUCUUUCCUGUUU